UACACCACAACAGUCAGGACUACCUUAGUCAACCCAACAACCACCCCUGUCCCGUGGACCCCUGAUGUGGACUUCUGUAGCCUGAUCUACUGUGAAGAAGUGUUCUGCUGUCCCACUACAGCCUCCAUGGAUAAUACCAGCACCAUCUCUCCUGCCCUCCUCUCCUCCACUGUAUCUCCCACUACCGGGCCCUCUCUAGCAGAUAAAGGGAAAGACAAAUUUAAUGAAGAAAUCAGAGGUGCCGGAGAUUGGACAAACACAACAAUAAAGUCUUUUGUCAUCAAAGAAAACGAACAGAUCAUUGACUCUCGGUACUGUGAGAGGGGAAGCUGCGGGUCAGGAAACUACUCCUUCCAAAUCCCUAUCAGCAAGUUCGUCCCCACCAACAUGCGUGUCACUGUCCAGAUGAAUACUACAGAGCUGCUGGUUGUCCACCUGUGUCAUAAUGAUGAGACGUUUAAAUGCUCUGCCUUGAUGGACCAUGAUCAAACCAACGAAGAAUACAAUUUCAUGAAUACACAGGGCUACGUCCAUGAAUGGCCUCUGCCAGUGUCUCGAUUCUACAGGAGCUCCUACCACUUCCGCUCAGCAGUGGCUGGACAGGCAGACUGCAAUACCGACCGUGGCUUCAUGGGGGCGCUGUUCACAGACUACCACUUCAACUUCUACCGGAGGUGUGGUGAGGAAGAAGACCUCGAUGCUCCCAAUAUUAUCCUGAUCAAGCACAGGACCCCACCGUCACAGGACCACACUGUCACAGGACCCCACCGUCACAGGACCACACCGUCACAGGACCCCACCGUCACAGGACCACACCGUCACAGGACCACACCGUCACAGGACCCCACAGGACCCCACCGUCACAGGACCACACCGUCACAGGACCCCACCGUCACUCAUUUAGUCAUCAACUAA